GAAACGAUUUGGGAGCUCGCGAGAGGAGGAGAUCGGUCUCCAAUGGUGACAUGAUGUAGCCGCAGCAAAUGCUUCACUGCAUGUAAGAAAAACAAAUGCAUCCACGGAUUAAACAUACUAGUACUAGCUAUCUUUACUUUGAUACCCAUGUGUGCAAGCUUGCAGAUUUGCUGCUGAGUGUAUUUUCUUUUUGACGCGAACGUUACAUUUGCAGUCAGUUCAAUUUGGCUGUCACGGUCAACUAGCCAGCGAGCCCAGCUGCCUGAAUUGACAAUUAGCAAGACUCACGGUAGCCAGAUAGGUCAGGUAUCUUCAAACAUUCAAGACAGCUGGCUAGCUAGCUAGCUAGCUCUCAUGGUUUCCAGCUGCUCGCUUGUAGUCUUUAUCAAAGGUGCUGUGACAGAUGGGAAGCGAACAUCAACAUACCAUAAGCUAACCGUCUAACGACGAAAGACAGGCAGCAUUACCAGGCUACAGUUGUUGAUCAAACUGCAAUGCCAAUGAAGAAAGAACAAUCAAGACAAUAAUUUGCUUCUACAGUAAAGGCAUCGUAGAAGGUAUUUUACUUCAAAUCUGUAUAUUUGAAGAAAACCAAACUGGCAGAAAUGGAUGAACAAAGUGUUGAGAGUAUCGCAGAGGUGUUUCGCUGUUUCAUCUGCAUGGAGAAGCUGAGGGAUGCUCGCCUCUGCCCCCACUGCUCCAAACUCUGCUGCUUCAGCUGCAUACGGCGCUGGCUGACGGAGCAGAGAGCCCAGUGCCCACACUGUCGGGCGCCUCUGCAGCUGCGAGAGCUGGUGAACUGCCGCUGGGCAGAGGAGGUGACCCAGCAGUUGGACACCCUGCAGCUCUGCAACCUCUCCAAACACGAGGAGAACGACAAGGACAAGUGUGAGAACCACCAUGAGAAGCUCAGCGUGUUCUGCUGGACCUGCAAGAAGUGCAUCUGCCACCAGUGUGCCCUGUGGGGAGGCAUGCAUGGCGGCCACACCUUCAAGCCCCUGGCUGAGAUCUACGAGCAGCACGUGACCAAGGUGAACGAGGAGGUGGCCAAGCUGCGCCGCCGUCUCAUGGAGCUCAUCAGCCUGGUGCAGGAAGUGGAGAGGAACGUGGAAGCGGUGAGGGGGGCGAAGGACGAGCGCGUGAGAGAGAUCCGCAACGCUGUGGAGAUGAUGAUCGCCCGCCUGGACAACCAGCUCAAGAACAAACUCAUCACGCUCAUGGGUCAGAAGACCUCCCUCACCCAAGAGACGGAGCUGCUGGAGUCUCUCUUGCAGGAAGUGGAGCACCAGGACAUAUUGAAUUGUCCGUUGCUUUGCGGCGGCAGUUGUUUAGGCGGAGAGUGUGAAUUGCGCUCCUGCAGCAAGAGUGAGCUGAUCUCCAAGAGCCCAGAGAUCCUGCUCAUGUUUCAGCAGGUCCACCGCAAACCCAUGCAGUCCUUUGUGACCACACCAGUGCCCCCAGACUUCACCAGUGAGCUGGUUCCUGCCUAUGACUCGAGCACUUUUGUUCUGGCAAACUUCAGCACCCUAAGACAGCGAGCAGACCCCGUGUACAGCCCCCCUCUGCAGAUUUCAGGACUCUGUUGGAGGCUCAAGGUUUACCCGGACGGCAAUGGUGUCGUACGUGGCAACUACUUAUCCGUUUUCCUGGAGCUGUCUGCUGGACUUCCGGAAACAUCCAAAUACGAGUACCGCGUGGAGAUGGUCCACCAGGCGUCCAGCGACCCCACCAAGAACAUCAUCCGGGAGUUUGCCUCGGACUUUGAGGUGGGCGAGUGCUGGGGCUACAACCGCUUCUUCCGCCUGGACCUGCUGGCCAGCGAGGGCUACCUCAACAUGCAGACGGACACCCUGGUCCUCAGGUACCAGGUGCGCUCCCCGACCUUCUUCCAGAAGUGCAGAGACCAGUACUGGUACAUCAGCCAGCUGGAGUCAGCCCAGACCAGCUCCAUCCAGCAGAUCAACAACCUCAAAGAGAGGCUGGCCAUCGAGCUGUUCCGCAGACAGAAGUCUCGCGGCUCGUCCCCUCCCGACUCGCACCUGGGCCCCUCGGCCUCGGAGAGAGACCAGCGCUCCGGGAAGAGCAGCCGGGCCGAGGACGGCAGCCCGACCUCCACCGUGGAGGCCAAGGAGGACGAGGAGGAGGAGGAGCGCACCCAGCACGAUGACUCGAAUGACCUGUCUGACGGGGAUCUAGAGGUGGACUGCCUGACCGGAGACGAGGAGGUGAACCCUCUGGACGGCAGCAGCACCUCAGGCAGCUCCACGGCAACCAGCAACACUGAGGAGAACGACAUCGACGAGGAGACCAUGUCUGGGGAGAACGAUGUGGAGUUCAGUGGGAACCUGGAGAUGGAGGAAGGAGAGCUGCCGGACGACGUGGCCGGAGCAACAGGAGGCUCCAACCCCAGCGGGCGCUCCCAGAGGCGGGGUGGUGGAGGCCUGUCCUCGUCCCAGGGGGGCAGCAGCCUGAUGGAGAUCGACCCGGUCAUCCUCAUCCAGCUGCUGGACCUGAAGGAGCGCAGCAGUGUGGAGUCCCUGUGGGGGCUGCAGCCCCGACCCCCCGCCUCGCUGCUGCACAGCCAAGUCCAAGCCCACUCCAGGAAGGAGAGGGAGCGACGGCCUCAGGCUGUGCGGAGGUCCACCCCCGACUCCGGGGUUCUGAUCCGCCUCAAGGCCCAGAUGGCGGAGGUCCGCAGCAAGAUGUCGGACGUCAAGUGUCAGCUGGAGGCGCGCGGGGCUGGGGAGGCCCGGGCCGGGCCCUCGGGGGCCGCGGGGGUGGAGCAGGGCCCCUCCCACCACAUGGACUCAGAGCUGGGAAGCUGCCGGAAGCCCACUGAGCUGGACCUUCUGGGGAAAGUUGCUGGGGCUUCGAGGCACUGUCGCUCUGGAGGGAAGAAGUCCCCCAAUCUGGAGGGGGCUGUGUCGAGCGGCACCCUGGUCCUGAGGAGGAACAUGGAGGGGGGGGAGAAGGAGCUGAGGGGAAGCGCGGGCGGCGAUUCAGCGAGCGAACACAGCCUCUGUCCACGGGACAACCCUGUUGGAGCUGAAGGAGCCCUGAAGCCCUGCAGCGUGCACAGCUCCCCCCCCUCCCUCUGCAGCUCCUCAGACAAGCCCAGCAGCCCCAAGCAGGAGGAGCCGCACCCGUACGGGGCCGUGGGGCCCGACCUCUACAGCCUGGGGGGCCUCAACGGCCUCUCCACCGCCUCCAAGACCCGCAGGACCCAGCGGGCCUCGGGGGCGGGCGUGCUGACAGACAGCUCCCUGGACUGUGACCUGGAGGACGCGGGCGAGAUCCUCCACCAGUCCCUGCUGUCCCUGACCGAGGGGUCCUCGUCACGCGCCGACGAAGGUCACGUGGGCCAGAAGCCAGCCCUCCACCUGCUGCCGGGCAUGAGCAGCGACAGCGAGCUCGACUGCGACACGGAGAACGAGGACGAGGCGGUGGCCCUGGAGGCCGGGGACUGUCGCUACGACGCCAGCACCAUGCCCUGCCCAGGGGACCAGCUAAUCUGCGAAGACCUCAACUUCCUGUCGGGAGAGAACACAGAGAGGUGAUUCGUCCCCUCCAACAUGGCAACCCCCACAGCCUUGUCUUGACCAAUCACAGCAAUAUGGUGUCACCAAUGCCGUGUACAUAGCUAAUACUACGAUACACAAGUGCACCUGUAUAGAUUUGCAUGUAUUCAUACUAGGAACGGGCUAGCAUCGUAUCCCAUAAUUCCACAGAACGAUACAACCGCAAGAAUUCGAAAUAUAUUUGUUCGCUUGAAGGAGUCUCAAAUCUCAUGCUCUGUGUGUCUGUAAGUGUGACGUUUUAAGUUUGUUGUAGGAGGAGCGACGGGAGACAUUUGCCAGAUCUCACUCUCUAUAAUUAAGGCUAUCCUUACUCCUGAGGCAAGCAUACACAUGGCAUGCAACUAACAUCACCCCAGUCAGCAACUCCAUUCUUGGACUGGUCCUUGGGGCAGCUCAAGUGAGGCUUAGUGUGAAAGACCCUUGAAAAGGUCUCUACCUCCAAAGCAGUCUGCAUGAGCUCCCUUGCCUUCUUGAUUCAAUAAGGUGCUAUUGAUGUAUGUUUGGAGGGGCGAGAGACUUGUGCCAGGGGCUGUAAUACCCGCUCUCUCCUGGUAAACUGUGUGGGAACACCUCUCUGCUCUCUGAAAAGCUCUGAAAGCUUCUAUUCUGGUCCACCGUCUUCUUGUCCGCUUUGUUCGAAACCAGACUGUUUGGUUCGAACAGGUAAAGCAAGCGGUGAGAUAUCGGAGGGAAAAUGGCAUAAAGGGUCCAUUUGGGCUGCGGUUUCCCAGCCCCACCCCCACCCCCCCCCCCUCUCACACACACACCCGAACCCCUUAACGUACAAUUUGCAAGGCUUGGUGCUAUUGCUGUUCUCUCUGGCGGACUCCAGUGAUCUACCUGCAGUUGAUAUUGGUGAUUGCAGUUUUGCAGUCCAAGGUUAUAACACCAGCAUGAUCUUCAGACUGUUGAAGGAUUCAUAUAAUAUUAUUGCAACUGUCCGGAUGCAGAAGUUGAUGGCUUGGUUUAUCUAAACUUGCUUGAAUCACCACACUUUGUGUAUUAGCUUGUCUUGUAUUCCAUCGCGGCACAUGGUCAUUAUAAGGAUAUAUUUCUGGGGUUUUUGUGCGUUUCGUUGCAGUGUGUGCGAUGAAGUUUAUUGGUAUGUGUAGGCCAAGAGUGGAGUUUUUCUUUGAGAUAUGUUAACCUUUUAUGGACAUUGGGAAAAGUGUAUACUCGGCAUGGACAACACUGACUUGAAUACCAAUGUGUUCAUGGUCCAGUAGGUAAGAGUUUUAGAACUUAAGAAUUGGUCUAUUUAGAACCUUCUGCUCGAUUCCAUUCCAUUUCGAUUCUGUUGAAUUGCAUUUGUCUUUCAGCGUCUUAAAUUCUCUGAAUGACCGUCUCCAGAUCCAUCUGGGCCAUUAGUCCACAUCAUUAAUGGGUCUCAUCUGAUAAUAAGGAUCAGACCAACAGAGGGGGCUAUUCGCACCUAGGAAUGUCACUUUGCGCGCUUUGAUAAUGUACCACUUGAUUCCAUUUCUAUAUGUUUCUACCUUUUUCUAUGCGACACCCCGCCACCACUAAGCAUCUAGACUCCGGCAGGGCGAUGAGUAAUACGACCCCAAUGUGCAGCAGGUCGUCUGGUGGCUCUGUGAAACGCUAAGAUCGUCGCCCCCAUAAUCAGCGGACGUUGCCUGACACGCGUGCAGCGACGCCGUCGCCAAACGUUCCCCGACUUCCCCUCGUGUCAGUGAGCCGCACGCGCUGAGGUCAAAGGCCACGAGAAAAGCAAGUCUGGAGGGGAAAAAAAUCAUAGUUUACACUGUAAAUAUAUUGAUACGCGAUCUGGGAAAUACUUAUUUGGCCAAUGGGUCAAUAGCUUCACAGGAACAUGUACGAGUAGAGCGUUCUGUUGUUCUGAAACGCCGCAUGCCUCCGACGCUGUGACAGGAGGACUGGUCGCCAUGGUGACCCCUGCUCUGUCCUUGAAAGGAUGUCUGUGUAUAUAUGACUUGUACUCAUAUGUCUUGGUGUAUGCAUAUUGCUGUGUUCAGAAUGUCUGUUGACUAUGCACAUUUCUGUUACUGCUGUGUGUGUGUGUGUGUAGUUGCAGGAAAGCACUGGAAGACUUAACCUAGAAGUCUGUAAAUGUUGGUUCUAGUUUUAAUAGAUUAAGAUUUUGUUUUGGAUUGGGAGAGUGUGAUGCAGAGUGACUUUUAUUUGGUAUGUAUAUUUAGAAACUAACAGAGAAUGUGGCACACAUAAAUAAACUAUUUUAUGGUUUCUUGGAA